GGGAGCAGAUUGACGCCAACGUGUCUCGGGGCCCGGAGCCGUCCGUCGCCCGGGAGUACUACGCCAGCAUGUCGCGGUUCCUCGGCGAGCUGCUCCAGUGCCAGGCGCUGCUGCGGGCGAACAUCUCCGCCGAGGUGGACGGCACGGUGCAGGUGGCGAGCCGCGACCUGGUGGUGGCCGCCGUGCUGCUGGCCAUGGCCCUCGUCACCUCCCCCUGCAUCGUGCUGCUCGUCUGCCACGCCACCAAGACGGUGCAGCGCUUCGCCGGCACGCUCGCCCGCCGCACGCUCGCCCUCCGCCACGAGAAGAAGAAGUGCGACCGGCUGCUGUUCCAGAUGCUCCCGCCCGCCGUCGUCAAGCAGCUCAAGCAGGAUCGCCAGGUCCCGGCCGAGAAUUUCGACUCAGUAACCAUCUUCUUCAGUGACAUUGUGGGCUUCACGCAGUUGUCGGCCGUGUCGUCCCCGAUGCAGGUCGUCACCAUGCUCAACACCGUUUACCGCCUGUUCGACUCGCGCAUCCAGAAGUACGACGUCUACAAGGUGGAGACCAUCGGAGACGCUUACAUGGUCGUGUCCGGUCUUCCACAGCGCAACGACAACAGGCACGCUGGCGAGAUCGCCACCAUGUCCCUCGACCUGCUGGAGGGCAUCCGGCCCGUGGUGGUGCCUCACCGGCCCGAGGAGCACAUCUGUAUGCGCAUGGGGGUCAACACGGGGCCCUGCGUGGCGGGCGUGGUGGGCUUCACCAUGCCGCGCUACUGCCUGUUCGGCGACACCAUCAACACGGCGUCGCGCAUGGAGAGCACCGGAGAGUCCAUGCGGAUCCACAUCACGGAGCAGACCAAGCAGUACCUGGACCAGCUGGGAGGGUACGUGGUCGAGCUGCGGGGGCAGCUGGAAAUCAAGGGCAAGGGCGUCAUGAACACUUACUGGCUGGUCGAUAAGAUCGGCGGCGUCGGCGACCGCUCUCCGUCGUCGGCGGGGACCCCGGGGCAGCUGGCCGGGGCGGCGCCACCGGAGCUCGCGCAGCUGCCCCCGCAGAGCACCGAGCCACCCGACGUCGUCCCGGAGUUCAUCAACCUCCUGCUCGGCUCGCUAGACUCGGACGAGGACCUCGGCCUCGACUUGUGAUGUCCCAAGGGGACGCGCCGGCUCCACACCACAGAUCUCAUGUAGAGUUUCUUCAUUGUGCUCAAACCGCAAUAAGGACAAAAUAUGCCAGAGAGACGGAUAACUCUCGCCACGUACUAGUCAUUGUCAUUUGAUUUUAACAUGUAUAAAGUAAGCAGAUGUUUUAAUACUAAGUUUUAGAGGUACGUAUGUAGAGUGAAUAAGUUUGUUUCUUCCACACACACACUAUCAUGAAGGCUGCAAAAAUACUGUUCUAUUUAAAUGUGUACAUAGAAUUA